AUGAUGUACUUGGUUGCAACAGCCGAUUACAAUGGAGCAACAGAAAAUCAUCUCACAUUUGUAAAAGGCACAAAGAUCGAAUAUAUAGAGAAAGCUGAGAAUGGAUUUGUCAAGGGCAAAUUAGAUGGAAAGAUUGGAUUACUUCCUUCUUCUCAUAUUACAAUUGAAACUCGUCCAUUAUCUGUAGGUGGUGGACCAAAUACCAAUCCUUUAUCAUCGUCAUACGAUGGAAGUAGUACAUUGCUGUCGUCGUCACCGGCAUCAAACUCAAUGAUCAAUGUCAAUGUUACCACUGGAUCACCAUCGACUACACCCUCCAGUGGAAGUUCGUUGAAUCUCUCACAUCUGCAAGCAGAGCGAAAGAAUAGUACUGGUUCGGCCGGUGCCAAUGAUGGAAGCAUUCCAGAUUUCAUUAACAAUAUCACCGGUGUCGACAAGAAGAAGAAGAGAGAAGAGUCAGAGGCAGGCAAUGUCGGUCUUUUCCACCGUUCGCGUAGUGGCAACACCAGUUCCACUGGAAAGCGUCGUUAUGCCAACAGAAAGAAGUGUCCACGUCUCUACAUCAGUUGCUUCGAAGACAUCCCUAGCGAUAUCAUCGAUGAUCUACAAAAAGAGGAGGUUGCCAUGAGCGAGAUCAGAGCGAAUCUCAAAGUGUUCCUGACGAUUCUCAAGUUUCUCACUCGUCAGAAAAUUACAUUUGUAUAUCCCGAUGGCGAAGGACCACAAUCCGACGAUGAAGACGACCAAAAUCAAUCGUACCAAUCGCUAUUGGCAGGCAGAAUGGAGGAAAUAAAUAUUAUAAACAGUAGUAAAAAACAGUUGGAAACAACUACCACCACAACAUCGACAUCGACAUCUUCGUCAGCAACAACAACUCCAACUCUAAAUGGUGCCGAUGUAAAGAAACCAACAACCAAACCAAGAUCGAAAACAAUGGAGGAAAUUCAGACAUCUUCUAUCGAGGUCGAUAAAGAACAACUGGCGGAUAUCAACGACGAAGCGGAACUCAAGAGAAAGACACUGGAACUCAAGCUACAGCGUAAGAGAAGAUUGGCAGGUGCAUCAACAGAGUUUUUGGCAGAGGCAUCGCUUUCAAUCAAGACAUUCUCUGACAUCAAGAAGAAAAUUAAAUUUGGAAACCUCAUUGGAAAGGGUGGAUAUGGCAAGGUUUUCGAGGCACACUACGAGAAGAAAAAGGUUGCAAUCAAAGUGGUUCAUUACCGUUCACCGAAGGAACAGCAUAAUGUACUCAUAGAGAUUGGAUUCCUCCAGCGAUGUAACCAUCCGAAUAUCAUUGAGUUCAAGGCAGCGGUGCUCCACGACAACCAGCUAUUCAUCGUCACAGAGUUCAUGCAGGGUGGAACGUUGGAACAGGCGGUAAACAGUGCACACAUUUUCAAAGAGACACACAUUGGUUUCAUUGCCAAGGAAAUCCUAAAAGGUAUAGCAUAUCUUCAUGAACGUAAAUUGGUUCAUCGUGAUAUAAAGAGUGGAAAUGUAAUGAUAACAAUCAAUGGUGAUAUUAAAUUAAUUGACUUUGGAUUAUGUUCUUCAGUUGAAAAAGGAACUUCAAAUCAUAUGGUUGGAUCGCCAUAUUGGAUGCCACCGGAAAUGAUCAAGGGUGAUCCACAUAGUUACCCAGCGGAUAUUUGGAGUUUUGGAGUUUGUGUAUUGGAAAUGAUGUUUAGAAAACCACCAAAUAGAGAUUCACGUUUAAAGGCAAUGUUUACAAAUGCAACCAAAGGUAUCGACGUCACUAAAUUCAAAUGCUCGCUAGAUCUCAAGGAUAUGUUGUGGCAAUGUUUCGAAAUGGAUCCAAAGAAGAGAUCAAGUGCUAAUAAAUUAUUAAGACAUCCAUUCUUCCAAAGAGCAGAGUCAAAACAAGGAAUGAAAGGAUUGUUCGAUAAUAUGUUCUUACAGAGAAAUUUGAAUACCUCUGGAUUCUUCAAUUAA